AUGGAAAAUUCAGAAUUAGCUUCUAAAAAAGCUUCAACUGUUUCAGCAGGAUUGCAUAAAACAAGGAAAAAAAGUAGCACAAAAUUUAUUAAUGAAAAUGAAUUAAUGUUCCUUGCUCCUCCACCUGUAGCAGAAUCAAUGCUAAAGCAUGCCAUCGCUAUUCCAUCUGAAAAUUCAGGGGACAUUCUAGAUGAUGAGCAAGUUGUUAGGAAAGUUACUAAACAUCUUCAGGAGAUUUCUUCUUCUUUACAAAAAGCUUAUGGAAUUGACAAUGAAGCACCAACGCCAGAAGGAGAAGAAAGUACACCUACAGAAGCAGAAGAUAUGACUUCAUUCUUGGUAUCAUGUACAGCGCUUGCAAAACAGCUUGAAGAAGCAGUUAAAGAAGAGCAGCAGAUAUUGGAAUCUCUUUUUAAGUGGUUUCAACAAGAGGUCUAUCAUGUAGAAGAGUUAGUAAAAGAACAAAAUAUUUCAGACUGGGAGCUUCCUUUGCCAGAUAAAGCAGUAUCUUCAAGUAUUGCCAAAGUGAUAGAACAUUUGCAAAAACUUGAACAAUUAAGGAAUCGCCUUGGUACAGUGCCGAAGGUCACCCGAAGAGCUGUAGCUGCAAAACAUAAGCUGGACGGACCAUCAGAAACAACCCAAAUUUAUGAAGAUGUAAAGAAGAUGAUUGAAGACUUUGGUACAAAUUUUCAAAACGAUGAGUUUGUAGAAAAUAUCAUGGAAAUUGCAGAUAAUGUGUUUUUAGCAGCAUCUACUGAAUCAAAGGAUCUUCAGUUUCAAGAAAUGUUUAAAAUAUUUGAAAAACAGGCAAUUAAGUUGAGACGAGUGAUGCACGAACUAGAUAGUCUUGAGUUUAAAUACAAGUUGAUUCAAAAUGAUUUAGAUAUAAUAACAGAGGAAAGAAUGAUAUUAGAGAAUGAACUCAAAAAAAUUAAAGGUCCAGAAAAAACAGAGCAAUUGCUACAGAGAGAAAAGACAUUGUUGGAGUUGCAAAGGAAAAAAUCAGAAAAAAAUUCAUCCAAAGACUCGAAUAGAGAUAUAGAGAGAUUGAGCACGGACUUCAGUGACAGGACCUCUACUAUCUCACUUUCCGUGCCUUUGGAAGUUCAGAGUGCUUCAGCCUUGUUGGAUGUUCUACCUAGCAAAGAACAAAUACAGAAAGGAAGGAGAUCAGAGCCUUUUGGGCAAAGCUUUUCGAAGAAAUCUUCCAUGGUUUUAACAAGUUCUGAUGCUGCUAAAUUAAAAGAAGAAUUGCUUCAAGCUCAGAAAGUAGUAAUUUCUCUGGAAAGCGAGAACAAAUUUCUUCAGGAACAAUUGAAAGAUGCUUUACAGGAAGUUGAAAAAGCCAAGAAAGAUCUUGAAGUAUCGCAUUCUGAAAUACGAAAAGGAAGUAGAAAUGAUAAUGAAAGCAUUGCUUCUAAAAAAACCAAGAAAGGUAAAAAAGAGAAAGGAGAGUCGAAAAAAGACAAAAAAGCAAAAACAACAAAAGCAUCACAGGCUGCAAAUACCAAAACAGCAGGAAGAAGCUGAACACUUCAGCCAUUUUCAUUUAUAUCCUUCCUCUUCAUUGCCUCAUAUUGCAGUAUGGACUCUUCCCCCAAAGAAGAAGCCUCGAGAGGAUCAACUGAUUCGACUGUUCUAGAAAAUGAAAUUGAACAGACUCUUGUAGAAUCCAG